CACACCCUGGCAACCCUAACCGAUAGUCUUUUUUUUGUGCCCCGAAAAAAGCCGGAAAAAAGUUGAAGCGAGGAAAAUGAUGUGGAAAACUCUACUGAUUGCCCUCCUGGCGGCUGCCCACUGCCAGGCGGUCCUGGAAACGGACGCCGGCACCCUGGUCCUGCUGGACAACCUGGCCAUCCGCGAGACGCACUCGAUCUUCUUCAAGUCGCUGCAGGAUCGCGGCUUCAAGCUCACCUACAAGCUGGCCGACGACUCCAGCCUGCUGCUGUCGAAAUACGGCGAGUAUCUGUACAAGAACGUCAUCAUUUUCGCCCCGAGCGUCGAGGAAUUCGGCGGCGAUGUGAGCGUGGAGCGGCUGGCGCAGUUCGUCGACGACGGCGGCAAUGUUCUGGUGGCGGGCAGCGAGAAAUCCGGCGAUGCCCUGCGCGAAUUUGCCUCCGAAUGCGGCUUCGAGCUGGACGAGGAGAAUGCCGCCGUGAUUGACCAUCUGCACUACGAUUUGAGCGACGCGGGCGAGCACACCACCAUCUUGACAGCCGCCCAGAAUCUCAUCCAGGCGGACACCAUUGUGGGUCGUUCCAAUCGGCUGGCGGAGGCCGCUCCGCUGAUCUAUCGCGGCACUGGGCUGAUUGCCGACAAGGAGAACCCGCUGGUCCUCCAGCUGCUGACCGCCGAGAGCAGCGCCUACAGCUACAAUCCGGCGGCCAGUGUCUCCGAUUAUCCGCAUGCCGUGGGCCGCGGCACCCUGCUGAUUGCCGCCCUGCAGGCGCGCAACAAUGCACGCGUCGUCUUCUCCGGCUCGCUGACCUUCUUCUCCGACGAGAGCUUCACCACCGCCGUUCAGUACGCCCAGAGCGGUGUGUUCCACAAGCUGGCCGGCAAUCGUGCGGUGGCCGAGUCCAUUAGUCAGUGGGUCUUUGGGGAAACGGGACGUUUGCGUGUCGCCUCGGUGCAGCAUCACAAGGAGGGCGAGCUGCUGCCGCCGGAUCAGGCGUAUACCAUCACCGAGCCCGUCGUCUACACCAUCGGCAUCGAGGAGCUGGUGCAGGGCGAGUGGCGCGCCUUCAAGGCCAGCGACAUUCAGCUGGAGUUCGUGCGCAUCGAUCCCUUCGUGCGCACCUACUUGAAGCAAACGAAGACUGGCGAGUAUCAGGCCAAGUUCAAGAUACCCGACGUCUACGGCGUCUAUCAGUUCAAGGUCGACUACGAUCGCGUCGGGUACACGCACCUGUACAGCAGCACCCAGGUGUCGGUGCGUCCGCUGGAGCACACGCAGUACGAGCGGUUCAUACCGAGCGCCUUCCCCUACUACACCAGCGCCUUCUCCAUGAUGAUCGGCGUGUUCGUCUUCUCGUUCGUGUUCCUGCACUUCAAGGACGAGCCCGUCGUGGGCAGGGCCGCCAGGGAGGACAAGAAGUCGCAGUAGUCUGGCUGGCAGUUCAUUCACCCCAAAAUGUAACACACAAAUCACUAAAAUAAAGGAGUUCCCCACUUGGGGGAUUCAUUCAGAUAAUUUAA